GCCCCUGGGCCGGUGCCCCGAGGUGCGGCGAGCCAGGCUUCAACGACUUCGCGUCGAGGGUCCUGCGCCUCCACUGCAUGCUCCGCGUGAGGUCCACGAGGCAGGAGAAGUGCCCCCCCAUGCAGCCGCACCAGGCUACGGUGAGCUUCAUGCUCCAGCCGGGCUCGCCGAUCACCAGGCUGCUCGUGGAGCACCCGACCGGCUCAGGGAAGACCCGCGAGAUCAUCGCCGUCCUGGACAACUUCUUCCGGGACCCGCGGCCGAAGGUGCCCAUCUUCCCGCGGGAGGUGGUGUGCCAGAACUUCUACCUGGAGCUGCUCCGGUGGCCGAGCCUGUACAGGAGGUUCUUUGCUGCGUCCAAGCCGCUUGACGCCCGUCUUGCGUGCGGCGGCGACCCGACAAGGCUCGCCGCGAGCUUCUGGAGCCUCGGCGGCAUCGGCGAGACCGAGCUGCGCCGCCUGCGCGGGAGCAUCCGGGAGACGCUGGAGAUGAAGGACUGGUUCUUCUCCGGGCGCAUGCGGCGUUCCAAGCGCGAGGCGUUCUUGGCGCAGUGUCCCAACGAGGAGGUGCCCGCCGCGCCGCUGCGGGCCCUGAAGUACUCCUCGGCGGGCGGCGCCCACGCGCGGGUGGACGAGCGGGGCGCGCCCGUGUCCGCGCUCUUCAAGGUAGCGUGCACCCAGCACGAUAACGUCUACUCGGACAAGAUUGUGCUCUUGGAUGAGGCCCAUAAUCUCAUUCGCACGCAGACGAGGUACGGCGAGCAGCUCGAGCGGCUCCGCGGGCUGCUCCGGCGCGCCACCGGGGCGGCGCGCUCGGCGCGCGCUGCGCCGCGGAGGGCCUCGACCUCCUCGGCGUCAUCGAGGGCCGCACCGAUCCCCGCGGCCACUGCCACGAGGGCUUCAUCUCGGCGCUCUCGUCUCGCCCGCCAGAGCUCUUCCCUCAGGUCUCGCCGCCGUGCCAAGACCUGA